AUGGGCCGUCCCAAAUUCUCCUUUCCCUUGCCUGGGAAGAAGUCGUCGACGAAGCUCAAUGGUGACUACGAGGUACACGCAAACGGAUACUCUUCAACCUCAAUACCGCAAGGCUCCGAGUGGCCGUCUCGUCCCGAACCUACCACUUCUCGUUCAAAGGCAGAGCGUGUGCUUGGAACCGCCAGCAACAUGCCUCUUCGAUCCUCCAAAUCCCAAACCUCGCUACAGCAGCAUCCUGGCUACAUGACGAUUACAGUUUCGGAGGCAAGCUAUGGUUCAGAUCAUACCGAUAGGUCGAAUGGCAAGGACAAUGGCAACCUACAUCCUACAAAGCGGCCAGGGAUGGUCCACAGGCCGUCGUCAAACAUACUCGGGAGUGGGUAUGGUGAAGACAGCCGGCGAGGCUCAGGUUCAAGUUCGAUCAGCCGCCGAUUACAUUCAAAGGCCUCGAGCUCCACCAUGCGUUCCCAUUACGAUCCCCAAAGCUCCCCCCUCUCUAUAUCACAACAAACAUCUGCAUCGGCAGUCCGCGACAUGGCACUUACAAAGGGACAUCCUCAGAUCGCACUCGAGGCUGGCGGCAAUGUUCAUGCACUGAGCCCUCCAAGUCACCUAGAUUCUAAAGGGAGCUUCCGCAAGAGCAAACCCGCACGACUGGACUUGUCGAAAUUGUUCCCAAAGCCUAGGAGCAAUACUGCUUUGGAAACGGGUAUGCCGCUUUUGUCACCUAACAAAAUGGUGAAUUCUCCUACAGCGUUGUCUUCUGCCUCGGAAUUCUUCCCACGGCCUAUGACACGAGAGCCAUCUCCGCGACCAAAGGGACAAGCGAAGUUGACGAAGUCCCCAAGAGUACAACAUCAGCCUCAACGCCCACCCUCCCCUGUCCGGGUGCACAGGCGUGACGAGUACGAUAAUGCCAAGAUCAAUGUACGACGCCCACCACGAGGAAUCCAGCAUUGGUUCGAGGGUUUCGAUGAUGAUGAUAGCGACGACGAUCAGGAAGAGAGUAAUGAGCCAAUUGCAUACUACGAUGCCGUGGCCCCGAACGAACGCCAUGUCGAUUUAGCAAAGGAGCAAUCAUAUGGUGACUAUGAGGCACGCUCAUACACACAAGACACCUAUCAAUUACCCUUGAAGCCCCGAGCAAUACAUCCAAUCAAGAACCAAUUCGCCCAGGCACAUGCCUUGAACGCACAUCGUCUCAACUCUCCCAGCCAAUUUUCCGUUCAGACCCAAUCAUCGUUGACCUCGAAUCGAACCAAGGAGUCAGCGUUUUCAAAGAGCAAUCUUCAAGAUUUCAGCGUUCUUUCCAUGUCAUCUUCGGAGGACGAGGGAGAAGAUUCGCUCCCAAUGCCCAAAUAUCCAAUGCGCGAUAGCAUUGGCAGCACUGAUGGCCAUGGAGAGAUCGUUAUCGGGCAAGCUCAAGCAUUCGAUGUUCGCCCUAAUAAUGCACGCAGAGCUUCCGACUCGAAGAUGAGCAUGCUCACGACGUCGACCGGCGCUGCUACUAUUGAAGUGAUGUACACCCCUGAGCCUUACACGCCACACGCCUUCCCAAGGCCACCACACAGCAGCAGGCGCUCAAGCCAUGUGCGACAACCCUCAAUGAUCCCAGAGGACGAAGAUGUUCGACCAAGGACCGCAGCACCACCGCCCAUGUCACCUUCGUCAAGCAGCAUAAGAAGUGCGAGAACUUCUAACAGUGAGCCUCGAUCUCGCGUCAACCAGCGCAAGAUGAUGGCGGUGACAGAAGAAGAGGAGGCGUUGCUUGAAAUGAUGCGAAGGAAACGAGCAGCCAUGGUCAAGCAGAGCUUCUCCGAGGGAUAUGAGACUGCACUAAAGCUGGAUGACUCUCGUCAUCAGAAUGAAGGAGAUGACAGCUAUCGUACAUCCGGAUUCUUGACAAUGGACAGCCCAUCCUCUGGCCCUGUGAGAGUGGUGAACAACCCUCCUCCCAGAAAAUCCUCCAUGGUGGUAGCCGCUCCUCUCCUGCAGCCGCCCCCUCGAGGUCGCCCAGCCAAAUCGGCACGCGACAGCAGUGUUGGUACCAGCAUGCUACGUGAUAGCUCAUCGUGCGAUCCCGAAUCUGACCGCCAGCGCUCCCCAAUAAGCAACGUCCGCACCAACUUGCCUCACCAGCUCGCGCCUCAACCUGUAUUUUCUCCUCUCGAUCUCUUCCCCUCUCCGGCAGCAUCACCUACUCCUGCGGCCACUGAGCCCAGCAUGGCAUCCCCUACCACCAUAGACCAUGCAUCUCCACUGCCCUCUCCUAUCACCCCGGGUCUUCGAACCGGCGAAGGCGACGUAAAUGUCAAGGUCGCGAGCAGUGAACCAUCGUGCAGCGGUGACCACGAGAGCGACGAUGUCCCUAUCCUUGAGACGGGUGUCAUUGGCCCAUCAUCUUACGUUCCCAUCAAGCAAGCCGAGUCCCAGCCCAGCAAUCAUCAACGACGCCGUACUGCCAGCAGUGGCGCAGAUGUCCCUCUCAACCCGACCCGCAGAGUUUCGCAGGCAUCCAACGUACCCCUCGACCUCGGCGCUCUCUCAGAGGCAUCCUCCCCAGGACCCAGCAUCAACGACCUUACCUUCCCCGCCGUACCCACAAAGAACUCCAGGCGUACAAGCGCCAUGACUACAACCAGCAGCCUGCGCAGCAGUUCCCAGGCACGAAGCUCCUCUCCGAGGGUCCACCACAGCGACCGCAGACAAAGCCGCACAAUCUGCAAGGACAGCUCGCUCGCCAGCAGUUCAAAGCGAGACAGCGUCGUGGUCGGAUCGUCCAGCACGCGAUGCAGCGUCAGCGAAGAUGUGCUGGCUGCAUGGGGAAGCUUGGGCGGUGGAAGGAUCAACGGAAUGUAA